AUGAAUUGCCAUCCAACUACCUGGAGAGACAAUACCACUAUUAAUCCAUCGAAUCAUCCAAUCGACCUUCAUGAAACACCUAAAAGGCGAUGUGGAGAUUCCUCUUGGGAUUGGUCUAAUCUAGAAGAUUGUAAACUUCUAGAUCACGUUUCUCGACAUGGUGAAAGUCGUUGGCAACUUAUUGGAAAAAGACUAGGCAAACCAGCUUUGCAGUGUUCUGAAAGAUACUUAAAGCAUUUACUGCCACAAAUGUCAGGAUCUAGUAAAACAUAUACAACUUUACUACAGCACAGUGUAUUACCGCAAACUGUUCUAACUUCGGAACAAAAUUUAACUUGGACAAAAGAGAAUGAUUCAGCUUUAAUCCAAUUGCAUUUAACGCAUGGAUCAAAUUGGGAGUUGAUAGCUAAUCGGUUAACUACACAAGGCAAUUGUUCACAAAAGAAAAUUACCGCCUGGGAUGUAAGACAAAGAUAUGAACAAGUUGUACAAAAGUAUUGGCCAUUAGAUGAUCAAGAAAAUCGUCCAUUAUCUAGUCUAUUAUUUCGUAAUUCCUUAGUAUCUUGGUCAAACAAUUUGAAAAAUAAUAAUAAUAGUAAUGAUAGUAAUAGCAAUAUUACAGUGUCAAAUCCCGGUGAUCAACCAUUGAAUCAGACUUCUCGACCUGCUUACAUAAUCCCUCUCUCAUCAUUAAAGUCGAAAUCAGAAGUAACGGCAACAACGAAAACGGGCAGUUGGAAAAUUCGUUUAAUGCAACCUACGCAUGAUUCAGGAUUCAGCGAAUCUGGUCUAUCAAAUAUUUCACAAUCUGCAAGUAGUUCCCAACAAUCACUCAGAUGUUCGGCUGUGAAGGCUAUGGCCAACAGCUCCCUCAAUUCCCUGUUGUCUACAUCUACUCCAGUGGAUUUAAUUAAAGAUAAUCCAUAUAGCGGUAGUAGUAGUAGUAGUAUUACUAGUCCAGACAAAAAACUUGACUUCAGUCUUUCAUCUUUCAUUAAACAUGAAUCUCCACUGAGACAUCUUGAAUCAGAUAUUGACGAUCAUACGGCUUCAUCAUCUUCUGCCUAUAGCUUCCCUAAUGAAUAUUCUUCAAGAUUAACUAUUUCACCAUCACUUGAUGAUGAUCAGACACCAACAGGAGGAGGAGCAGGAGGUGUAUCCAAUGAUUUGUUAAAUGUUAUGACCACAUCGAUUGAUGAUCAUCAACAUGAUUUUGUUAUACAAACACCUACAAAAGCGUUGAGUGAAGCUGAUCAAUUAUCAUUUCAUUUAGCUAGUCCACCAGUUGUUCUAGGCAUUGAAGGACGAUAUGCUUAUAAUAAUAAUGGUAGAUUUGAUAUAGAAAAAACACCGGAUAGUCAGUCAUAUGCAGAGGAUAGAUCUUUGCAAAGGCGGAGACCUUUAUGUACCAGGUUAUUUGAUGAUACUUCAACAUAUACAGAAUAUAGCAAUAGUAAUAAUCGGUUAAAGAGAAGUUAUCCAACAUCCUCGUAUGAUAAAUGUAAUUCCAAUUGUCUAGCUGUUUUGACUGCUACAGCUACUGCAUGGAAUCUUUCACGCUUACCAUCUGCAUCGUUGUUGGCGAUGACUGCUGCAGCAAAAAUGAAAACAACAACAGCAAUGUCGUUGACUGUUGCACAGAAAUCCAGACUAUCCUGUGCACUUGCCAAUAAUAAUAAUAAGUUGAAGGAUAAUAACAGAUUCAAUUCAGAUGCAUACAAAUCUUCACUUACUUAUUCAUCAAAUGGUAGAGAUUCUAUGAUGCAGUAUUAUCAUGAUCUUUCAUCUUAUAAAUCCUCCCAACAACAAGCAUCUUGUAGUAAUGUUAUCACCUGGGAUCCAUUAACCCCAUUAGAGUUUCCAAUAAGACAACAACCACAGUUAAUGCUACGACGUGUUGUUCAAGUCGGUGAUGAUAUGUCUUGGCGUAAAGUUGCUUUCGGUGAUAAUGACGAUAGUCAAAGUUUAUAUGAAUUGGCUAAAUCAUUCAAUGAGAAGUUUACUGGUAGUAAAUUAUUAUUUUCAAAAAAAUCAUCAUCUGCAGUAGCAGUAGCAGCAGCCGGAGGAGCGUCUCGUAAUGGACGUAAUGAUUCCUCUGUCCAGCCUAAAAUCACUGCUUCGUCUUCAUCAUCAUCAGCAGCAGCAACAUCCUCCUCGUCCUCCUCCGCGGUAUCUCAUGAAACAAAAACACCAACACAACGAUGA